AUGUCUUCCGAAGAGUCCGCUGCGCAGAAGCUUCUUCAAAAGCACGCCGAGGAACCUCAUACCGUCACUGUUGAAGAUGUUCCUGACGAGGAGCUUCCUUCAAAGGCAACCAACGAUGCUUCUGGCUCCUGGGCUGCUCCGAUGAGCACCAAGGCUGCAGGGAAGCAGAAGGAGUCCUCCAACCCCAAGGCACCUCUCGAUACCCAUUCUCAUGAACUCUUCCCGGAACUCGGAGCACCCAAGGCCAAGACCGCUAAUGUUGCCCCUAUUUGGGGUGCGAAGAGCGGUGCCAAUGGCAAGACCAACGGUUCUCCCUCCAAUGGUGUCUCACGAUCAUCGACUCCUGCUUCUGGAACCGCAACACCUUCCAAGGCUGCUGCCCCCUCCAUGUUCAUUCCUGGCCGUAACGUUGAAACCGUCACUCUGGAACCCCAGUACGUCUUGUCCCGUACCCAAUUAAAGCGCCCCAUUCCGGAUAUUAUCAAGGACAUCAACCGAAAGUCACGCGCAAAUAUCACAAUGGCAAAUGUGGCAAAUGGACGAUACAAGUUUGAAGCCACUGGUCCUCAGGAGAUUGCUCAACAGGCUCUCAAGGACCUGGUUCAGCAAAUUGGAGCCCCGACUUCAAUCAAGGUUCCCAUUCCUUACUCCGCCCGGGCCCAUGUCAUUGGCAAGGGUGGCUCUAUGAUUAGAGCCCUGCAGGAAAAGACUGGUGCCAGGAUUCAGCUUCCAAAGGUAGAGGACAAUGCUCUGCUUGCCGAUGAUGAUGAGGCCACCAUCGAUGUUUCCGUCGACGGCAAUGCUCUUUCUGCUGCAUCUGCCCGGAACGAGCUUUUGAAGAUUGCAGGUGAACGCUCUGCCAACGUGCAGACCAAGGUUCGCGGUGUCCCAGCUGCCUUCUAUCCUUUCAUUGCCGGACCUAGCAACUCGUUGGCACAGGCUCUAGAACAGAGUCAUGGCAUCCAAAUGCGUGUCCCUGCCCAUCAGGCUGUUUCUCGAGUUCCUGCUCCUGUUGCACCCCAGCCGGGUCAGCGACCUGUUUUUGAACCUGCUGGCGUUGAAGACGAUCAUAUUCAGUUGGCUGGAGAUAGGGCUGCUAUCCAGCAAGUCCGCGCUGAAAUCGAGCGUCGAGUCGCCGAGCUGCACAAACAGUUGGAGCUGGAGCAGCUGUCUAUUCAACGAGGUCGACACCAGUUCAUUAUUGGCGAUCGGGGUGUGCCUGCGGAUGACUUCUUCGCCGAGACUGGAUGUGCCAUCCUCCUCCCAUCAGAAGAAGAUGAAGAUAUGGUCACGGUCAUUGGUCCCGCUGAUCGAGUUCAGGCUGGUCUUGAGCGGGCCAUGGAUCUGGCAAUGGGCAUGCAAAUGUCCAACAUUGACAUUGGCAGAUUCCACCGCAACGCCCCUGGCGGUGCUGCCGCUCACGCUGGAAACGUAACCCGCUACCUUCGCCAGAGAAACGAGAUUGCUCGUCUUGAGAAGUUGCACAACACUCACAUCAACACCCCCUUCUCGCAGGGCGGCGCCUUGCCUUGGGAACUAUACUCUCGCGAGGGAAAGAAUGCCAUACGCGCCCAAUCUGAGAUUACUGGCAUUAUCAAUGGUCACCCUCCCGCACGUAUGCAAACUGUCAACAUUGAUCCUUUCUUCCACCAGCAUUUGCGUACCGACAUCACACCAAGGGUGAAGACUGAUUACGGGGUCCAUAUCGUCGUACCCGAAGCUUCUGAUGCUGAUACACCCGUGCUUCUUGUUUUUGAAGGCCCUGAUCCUGCUGAAGGCCCUUACCAGCUCCCAAGAACUAAACCCUCAGAUGCGGAUGUUCGUGAAUUCAAGAAGGCUCUUGAGGAUGCCGAGAAACACAUCAUGGGUCUUAUUAACAAGCAGGAAGAGCUGUCGAGUGCGACUCUUGAUGUACCUGCCAAGUUUCACGAGAGACUUCGACGUUUCAUCAAGAAGGAGCAGGAGAGCCGCAAGUCUGAGCAAAUCCCUGUGCGCGUUACAAAGGUUGGCACUACGGUCACUCUACGUGGACCCAAGUCGGCGGUCGAAUCUCUCGUUGCUAAGGCCAAGGCUUUUGUUGAACAAGAGAAGGAGGAUGAGAAGGAACGCGGUUUCACUUUGAGCUUCGAGUUUCCCCAAAAGUUUGCCAACCAUCUCAUUGGAAAGGGCGGGAGCAAUAUCAAGGAGCUUCGCGAUCGAUUUGAUGUGGAGAUCCAGGUGCAAGAUGGGCAAGUCGAACUUAAAGGACCUAAGGCCAAGGCUGAGGCCGCUCGCCAUCAUAUCCAGAACCUUAGCCGCACGUUGGCUGAUGAGACCACUCACAUUCUAAAGAUUGACCCCAAGUACCACCGAGAGCUUAUCGGUGCCCAGGGCAGCCAAAUCAAUCGUUUGCAGACUCGUUACAAGGUCCUCAUCUUCUUCCCUCGCUCAGCAAAGGUAGGCUCUGAUGAGCAGCCAAACGCCGAUGCCGCCAGCGAGACGGGCAAGCCGCGCCGCCAGCAAGCCCCUGACGAGGUCAUCAUCCGCGGUCCCAAGAAGGGUGCCGACGAAGCCCGCGAUGAGAUCUUCUCUCUUCACAAGUACCUGGAGGAGCACUCGGUUACUGCCUCGGUGCCCGUUCAGCAGAAGCAGGUUGGAUCUCUCAUCGGCCAGGGAGGCGCUGCCCUGGAUGAGCUCCGCCAGCUAACUGGCGCACGUAUCGAUGUCCCCGCGGACCGUGACGCGGACAUUGUUGAAAUUGCCAUCAAGGGAACUGCCGCACAAGUUGCCAAGGCCCGCAAGAUCUUGGAAGAGAAGCGAACGGUUUUCGAUGACACGAUUGUGCAAACCAUCGAGGUUGACAAGAAGCACCACAAGGCCUUGAUUGGCACUGGAGGAGCGCACCUCAAGGAAAUUGUAGUCGGAGCUGGUGGUUCAGAUGAUCGUCGUGAACUUGCUCGCGCCAUUCAGUUCCCCAAGCAGGAAGCAGAUGGCAACAGCAUCAAGGUAGAAGGCCGAACUGACGUAGUACAAAAGAUUGUCAAGCGCAUCCAGGAAAUCGUUGCCGAGCGGGACAGCCAGGUUACGGAAAUGGUUGAGGUGCCCAUUGAGCAUCAUCGAUCUCUCAUUGGCCGUGGUGGUGACGCCAAGCGCCAGAUGGAGAGCAAGUUCUCUGUUUCGAUUGAUGUGCCUAGACAGGGCGACGGCAAGACUGGUGUUAAAGUGACGGGCCGACCAGAGAACGUGGCCCAGGCGAAGGAACACAUUGCCAGCAUUAUCAAGCAACAGCAGGGAGAGACUAUUCAGAUCCCUCGCAAUGUUCACCACGCUGUUUCGAACAAUGGACAGAUUUUCCGACAGCUUCGGAACAACCACCAGGUUACGGUUGACCACGCUGGCAAUGCUAUUCCCAGCAAGCCUGAUAACUCGAGCAGAGCGAACACUGGGUCCCUGCCGCUCAUCACGGAUGAUGCAGAGGCCACGGCGGACGCCCACUCUUGGAAGGUGGUUAAGACAAUUUCCACAGAGGAGGGUGACAUUCCUUGGGUGCUGAGAGGCAGUCCUGAAAAUGUGCAGAAGGCCAAGGACAUGAUCCAGAAGGCACUGGAACAGGCUAAAAAGACAGAUGCCACAGGUUACCUCAUCUUACCUGAUCCCAAGACGUAUCGCCAUGUCAUUGGACCCAAUGGCUCCAAGGUCAACGCGAUCCGACAGCAGAGCAACUGCAGAAUCCAAGUGCCUCGGGACCAGGCACGAGACGAGGCGAUUGAAAUUGUGGGAACGCAGUCUGGCGUAGAGAAGGCCAAGGAGUUGAUCCUGGCUGCCGUUCGAGAGGGUCAAAAGCCGCGUGAGAGGGAGUAA